GCGAACGCGACUUUGCUCUUGAAAAUAUUGGGUACUUACCUGCCUUAUGCAAUGAAUACAGGAGUUCACGAGCAAUCGUUCCAUAUCUGAAUGCAACUGAUGCACAAGGCUGGUGCUACCGUGAAACAAGCUGCCUUUCGUCCACGUCUCGGGUUGGGCCCAUGUUUUCUACCUGGGUUUGCCUCCUCUGCACGUAUCUCACUGACCAUUGAUCCGCCAAACAACCUACUACAAUAUAGGCCAUUCCAGGUUUUGGCGAAUCAUUCGCCUCUCAACAGGGCCUCCAAUAUGCCACAGGCAAGGCAAUCAACGCUUGGCAAGUUUCUCGGAAAUAACCAGAAUGGCACCAAGGCCAAAUCUCAAUCCACCUUGUCAUUCGGUCAGAAACCUGCCACGAAGAAGAGCGAAUUAGUUUCUGACGAUGACGGGCCCCCUACCGAGGAUGGAAAGACACCUACGUCAGACGUUGAGAUGAAAGAUGAAGAACCUGUUACUUCACCCCAAAACACUACUGAAAUUUCAAAGGGUAAUCACAAGCGAACGGCGUCCGGAGAGAAGAAAGAGGAGGAAGACUCGGAUGAUGAACCUGUUGUCAGAAAAAGAAGACGAACAUCAGCAUCAAGAUCAACGUCCAGAGGUUCAAGAAAGAAAUCACGCAGUCGAACCAGAGAACCCACACUAAAUGGGAAGACUUCCACAGUCAUUACCAAAAAGGCCAAUGCCGAGUCCGUGGAGGAUGAUGCAGCAGCCUCGGACAAAGGUAGCCUCGCAUCCGAGCCCGAGGAGACCUCAUCUGCCAGUGAAAGCGAAGAUCCAAAGGUGGACAAGAAACAGGUGGAAAAGAUACAAGCCACAAUUAAAUCAACUGCCAGAGACCCUUACCCGGAUUGGAAGGCUGGUGAUCCUGUACCAUAUGCAGCACUUUGCACGACGUUUUCACUAAUUGAGCUCACGACGAAACGGCUACAAAUCACAGCCUAUUGCUCGGCGUUCCUCCAACAAGUCCUACGACUAACACCUCAAGAUCUUCUUCCAACAAUACAGCUAAUGUUGAACAAACUUGCUGCCGACUAUGCUGGUAUAGAACUCGGCAUUGGUGAAUCCCUGAUUAUGAAGGCUAUUGGCGAGAGUUCUGGUCGGUCACUCUCGGUGAUCAAGUCGGAUCAUCAGAAGAUUGGUGACUUGGGACUUGUCGCUGCAAAGAGCAAGUCCAAACAAGGUCAAAUGUUCAAGCCAAAGCCACUCUCUGUCCGAGGUGUGCAUCAGGGUCUUCUCGACAUUGCUAAGAUGGAAGGACACGGCUCGCAAGAUCAAAAAGUUCGGGCCAUCAACAAACUGAUGGCUGCAGCCGAUGUAUCAUCUUCGAACAAGACCGUGGAUAUCACCAAAGAUAAAGGUGGGCCAUCGGAAGCAAAGUUUCUUGUUCGAUUUCUAGAAGGAAAGUUGAGGCUUGGUCUGGCAGAAAAGACGGUCAUCAUUGCCCUAGCGCAGGCUGUGGUUACGCACGAGGUGGCAGUGAAGGGCAAGGUGCCCAGUACUGAGCAACUUGCUAAAGGGGAGGCCGAGCUGAAGACUGUGUACAGCGAACUUCCCUCUUAUGAAGUCAUUAUCCCCGCGAUGCUUGAACAUGGCAUUUUCAACCUUCACGAAAGUUGCAAGUUGCAGCCUGGAGUACCACUCAAACCUAUGCUCGCGAAGCCGACCAAGUCCAUUACCGAGGUGCUUGAUCGUUUCGAGGGCAAGAACUUCACUUGUGAAUACAAGUACGACGGCGAACGAGCACAGAUUCAUUAUGUGUCUCCCGAAGCUAUGUCGGAAUUCCCUGCUGCUGCAAAUACUCUAUCGAAGGAUCCAAAACAUUUCAAAGGACUGGCCGCUAUCUUCUCAAGAAACUCAGAAGACCUGUCAAAGAAAUACCCUGACAUCCUCGAAAAGUUGAAUGCCUGGAUCAAGCCAUCAACCAAAAGUUUUGUUCUUGACUGCGAGACUGUUGCAUGGGAUCCUCAGAACAAGAAGGUUUUGCCGUUUCAGCAGUUGAUGACUAGAAAGCGAAAGGACGUGAAGACCUCAGAAGUCACAGUCAAGGUCUGCGUCUUUGCAUUCGACAUGUUAUUCUACAAUGGCGAGCCACUUGUUAAGAAGACGUUCCGCGAAAGACGGGAGUUGCUACACAACGCAUUUGAUCCGGUCGAAGGCGAAUUUGGGUACGCGCAAUAUGGCGAUGCCAAAGAUAUCGACGAGAUCCAACACCUUCUGGAUGAUUCGGUAAAAGCGUCCUGCGAAGGUCUCAUGGUCAAGAUGCUCGACACAGAGGAAUCAGGCUAUGAGCCGAGCAAACGCUCUCGGAAUUGGCUCAAAGUCAAGAAGGACUAUCUCAAUGGCGUUGGUGAUUCACUUGAUCUUGUUGUCCUUGGAGCGUAUCACGGCAGAGGAAAACGUACUUCGUGGUUUGGUGCCUUUCUUCUGGCAUCAUGGAAUCCUGAAACGCAAAUCUUUGAGACGGUAUGCAAUAUUGGGACUGGGUUUUCCGAAGCAGUCUUGGAGGAGUUUCACAAAGAGCUCUCUGAGAUCAUCAUCGAGCGUCCGAAACCCUUCUAUUCUCAUUCAAGCGUCAAAAAUGAUCAACCAGACGUUUGGUUCGAGCCUCGCUUCGUGUGGGAAGUCAAAACUGCCGAUCUUACGUUGAGUCCUCGGUAUCGUGCUGCGAUCGAUGAGAUGGGCGGCAAGAAUGGAAUCAGUCUAAGAUUUCCUCGAUUCAUUCAGAAACGAGAGGACAAGAAGCCUGAAGAUGCCACUACUACGUCGGCUAUUGCUGAGAUGUAUCGAAAACAGGAAGUCAUCGCGAAGGAGGGUAAAAGCAAGGGGGUCGAUGAUGAUUUCGAAUAUUGAAAUCCUUUCGACCAUCAUCGAGACCUGCCUUACGGCCUGACACACGGUCUAAACAGUACUUCAGUAGCACACGUACUCGUAUUACCAGUCUUGUUAAUUUAACAUACUUGUCG